AUGGAAGAAGCCAAGCCUUAUACCACCUCAGCGGAGCAACUUGCUUACCAUCCACCCUAUCUACGAGCUCGCGGCAUCCCCGACGUGCCAGAGGAUAUCGACUUUGCCAUCGAGCACUUGAAUGAUCCCAACUUGGACAUCAAGGCCCUCCGUCCGUCGGUCAAGGCUUGGGAGCUUGAGAACAAGAAGCUUCCCCCCUACGCGUCCUCAGAUGGCGACACCGACUCCCACUUCGACAGAUACUCCACGUCGCGCGCAGAAUCUCGGAACUCUAGUGCAGUAGAAGAUUUUGACGAUGAAUCUCCUUACCCGGAAGUUCGAGCCGCGGUAUCCAGCAUUGAUGAUCCGAGUAUGCCAGUGAAUACGUUCAGGAUGUGGACCAUUGGUCUCUUCUUCACGAUAUUUCUUCCUGGAUUGAAUCAAGUCCUGGGCAUGCGGUAUCCAUCGCUCUACGUUACCGGCCUCGUUAUUCAGUUGCUCUCGCUCCCCAUGGGUAAGGGCUUGGAGAGGAUACUUCCUACCACCAAGUUUAACACAUUCGGAUUUGUUUGGUCGUUGAACCCUGGACCCUUCAACAUCAAGGAGCAUGUGUGCAUCACGGUCAUGGCCAACAUUGCGUACCCUGGUGGUUACGCAACCGACAUCCUUGUCGCUCAGCGACUCUUCUAUGGUCAGCAGCUGUCAUUCGCGUACCAAAUACUCCUCGUUCUUGGUAUCCAAGUGUUUGGCUUCUCGCUCGCCGGUAUUCUGCGCCGGUACGUGGUCUGGCCGUCGAGCAUGAUUUGGCCUGGUGCCAUUGUCAACUCAGCCCUUUUCAACACGCUUCAUAAGAGCUAUGGAAAACGUGAGCGGGGACACAUGACGCGCGAAAGAUUUUUCUUCCUCGUCGUUUUUGGCAGCAUGGUCUAUUACUUUUUGCCCGGCUACUUGUUCACCGCUCUCAGCGUGUUCAACUGGGUUUGCUGGAUCGCUCCGAACAAUGUUACGGUGAAUGCGCUCUUUGGCUCUUCCGGCCUUGGAAUGAGUCUUUUGACAUUCGAUUGGUCGAUGAUCUCCUAUGUCAGCAGUCCUCUGGUCACUCCGUGGUGGUCAGAGGCCAAUGUCAUCGUUUCAUUCGUGUUCUGGUUCUGGAUUAUUGCUCCCAUCAUCUACUUCACAAAUACCUUCAACUCUGCUUUCAUGCCCAUCUCAUCGUACUAUUCCUUUGAUAACACUGGUGCAAGUUACGAUGCCAGUCAGGUUGUGACAGAUGGUGUGUUCGACGUUGAGAAGUACAGGGCGUACUCACCGGUCUUCGUGCCUGCCACGCUCUCACUCGCGUACGGACUCAGCUUCGCCAUCUUCCCGGCAGUCAUUGUCCACACUCUCCUAUGGUUCCGCCGCGAUCUUGUUCGUCGCUUCCGCACGUCUCUCAGGGACGAGCGUGAUGUCCACUCGCGUCUGAUGCAGGCCUACCGUGAGGUUCCAAGCUGGUGGUACGGUCUCGUCGGCAUUAUCUCCUUCCUGUUCGUCGUCAUCGCUAUCGAGAUCUUCCCGACCCAGCUACCGGUCUGGGCUGCAUUCAUUGCAUUUGGUCUAUCUGCCCUGACUGCCCUCCCUCUGGCGAUGCUUCAAGCCAUUUCCAACACUCAAAUCGCUUUCUCCGUUAUGUAUGAACUCAUUGGUGGAUUCAUGCUUCCUGGCAAACCCGUUGCCAACGUCAUCUUUAAAGCCAUGGGCAUUAUGGGCUCUACUCAAGCUGCUACUUUUGCGGGUGAUCUGAAGUUGGGCCACUACAUGAAGAUUCCCCCACGGACCAUGUUCACAGUUCAAAUGGUGGCGGUCUUCAUUACAUGCUUUGUGGCCGUUGGAACACAGGCCUGGAUGUUUGCGAACAUUGAAGACAUGUGUUUAUCCACUCAAAAGGACGGCUUCAUCUGCCCCACGACAAACAUUUUUGCCACUGCCUCCUUGAUUUGGGGUGGCAUCGGCCCCGCUCGGAUGUUUGGCAGGGGUGCAACUUAUAAUCCCCUGCUCUGGUUCUUCCUCGUCGGUGCAAUCCUCCCGAUUCCAUUCUACAUUCUCGCUCGCCGCUACCCUCACUCUCACUGGCGAUUUGCCAACAUGCCCGUCUUUCUCGCUGGUGUUCUCGCCAUCCCCCCAGCAUCGGGAAUCAACUACGCAUCUUGGGCUCUUGUUGGAUUCAUCUUCAACUGGUACAUCCGUCGUUUCCACUUCCGAUGGUGGAUGCGAUACAACUACAUCCUCUCUGCAGCUCUCGACGCUGGAACUGCGUUUGCCAUCAUUCUCAUCUUCCUAUGCCUGCAGCUCCCCAAGGGCGGCGUUACAUUGAAUUGGUGGGGAAACACUGUUUGGAAAAAUACUGCUGAUGCCAUGGGCCUGCCGCUCAAGACACUGAAUCCUGGUGAAAUAUUCGGACCGUCGACCUGGUCAUAA